GCAUGCUGAGUGUGAAUGAGCACGAGGAGAGCGGGCGCGCGUGCUCAGUGUGAAUGUGCGGGAAGGAGAGCGGGCGCGGAUGCUCAGACGGCAGUGGGAAUUGCGCAGGCGCAGUGCCGGCGGAGUGUGUGUUUUUUUUCACCUUCUCCCGGGGACGGUCUGCGGCUCGAGCUCAAAGUUGAGAACAUGGCGGCGGAGGAGCGACGGACCGGCUCCGGGUUCCGAGGGAGGCUGGUGGCGGUCGCUGCCGGCUCUGGGAGUUUCCUGACGUGGGGCGUCAUGUUGGUGCUGUGUGUGUCGGUGUGCGGGUGGCCCGGAGCCCAGGGCAAGGAAUGUGAGAAGCGGUGUGUCCACGGGAACUGCAGCGCAGCGGGCGGUCAGUGCGUGUGUCAAGCCGGCUGGGUCGGGGAGCUGUGUCAGCACUGCGGCGGCAGGUUCAAAUUAACUGGACAAUCUGGAUAUCUUACUGAUGGACCUGGAAAUUAUAAAUACAAAACAAAGUGUACUUGGCUUAUUGAAGGACAGCCAAACACGAUAUUGAGACUUCGAUUCAUUCAUUUUGCCACAGAGUGCAGCUGGGACCAUUUAUAUGUAUAUGAUGGGGACUCUGUAUAUGCACCAUUAUUAGCUGUGUUCAGCGGCUUAAUCGUACCUGAGAAGAAUGGGAAUGUGACUGUACCUGAAGUUGUUUCAAGAUCCGGUUAUGCUUUGCUGCAUUUUUUCAGUGAUGCUGCCUAUAAUCUAACUGGAUUCAACAUAACGUAUAGUAUCAAUUCCUGCCCAAACAAUUGCUCAGGCCACGGAGAAUGCCAGGCAGAUGCUGACAACAGCACUGUGUACUGUGUGUGCAGUGAAUACUGGAAAGGAGAAGAUUGUAAUGUCCCUUACUGCAGAGACAAUUGUGGGUAUCCACAUCAUGGAAAGUGUGAUUUGAAUGAUACCAAAGCAUGUGUAUGCAAUGAUAGCUGGCAAGGUCCCGACUGCUCAUUGCCAGCUAAUCAGCCCUUUUGGGAUUGGAAAGAAUAUGGGGUACCUAUGCUCGCCCGGGCAUCCCAUAAGGCCGUUGUCAGUGACGAUAUCAUGUGGGUUAUUGGAGGCUAUGUGUUUAAUUACUCAGAGUACCAGAUGGUUGCAGCAUACGAUCUGAGGGAUCUGAAAUGGUUUCCAUUGAAUAAAUCUGCAAAUGGGGUCGUCGGGAGAUAUGGGCAUUCUGUGGCUUUGUACAAGGAUAAAAUUUAUAUGUAUGGAGGUAAAAUCGAUUCGACAGGGAAUGUCACAAACCAGCUCUGGGUGUUUCACACUCACAAUCAAUCAUGGAUGCAGCUGACUCCAAAGGCUAAGCAACAGUAUGCAGUUGUCGGCCACUCGGCGCAUAUUGUGCAGUUGAAAGAUGGUCGUGUAGUGAUGUUGGUCAUCUUUGGGUACUGUCCGCUUUAUGGAUACAUCAGCAAAAUACAAGAAUACAAUCUUGGUAAAGAUACAUGGGAUAUACUGCAAACAAAUGGAGCCUUGGUUCAAGGAGGAUAUGGUCACAGCAGUGUUUAUGACCCCCACACCAAGGCAAUUUACAUACAUGGUGGAUACAAAGCUGUCAGUGCUAAUAAGUAUGGCCUGACAGAUGACCUGUACAAGUAUGAUGUAGAUGCAUGUACCUGUGUAUGGACACAAGAGCAAUGCUUUCCCAGACCAGAAGUGGGCCUCUAUAUUUCUACAAAAUCAGAGAACAUCUCAGGGACAUCCGCAGCCAUCAACCCCACCGCCCCCAUUCCGUCAAGGAUAUCUUGUGACGAGUGGUCUGUGUUGCCUCCGCCUGAUCUUUCUCAUGAUAUCAAUCGGUUUGGUCACUCGGCUGUAUUCAGCAAUGGCACAAUGUACAUUUUUGGUGGGUUCAACAGUCUUCUGCUAAGUGACGUUUUGAUGUUCACACCAAGCAAUUGUGGGGCUUUUUCUGAUGAAGCGGCAUGUCUUGGGGCAGCCCCAGGAGUCCGUUGUGUGUGGAAUACCAACAUGCUGCGAUGUAUAUCCUGGGAAAUGGCAUCUGCAGGAGAGGCUCAUCAGAUUCUUGAUAUGUGCCCCAACAAGACAUAUGCAGAUAAUGAAAAAUGUGAUCAGUAUACUGAUUGCUACAGCUGUACAGUGAACACAAAUGGCUGUCAAUGGUGUCAUGAUAAGUGUUUAUCGAAGAACAGUAACUGCACAGAAGCCACUGUAUUAAUCUGGGAUUAUGAAGCUUGUCCAAAAGAUAAACCAGAGUAUGUUUGUAAUAAGCUGACUAGUUGUAAAAGCUGUGCUAUGGACCAGAACUGUCAGUGGGAAGCCAGGAAUCAGGAAUGCAUUCCAUUGCCUGAAACCAUCUGUGGAGAGAGCUGGCACUUGGUGGGAAACUCGUGUUUGACAAUCACCACGGCAAAAGAAAACUAUGAUAAUGCCAAGUUAUUCUGCAGGAGUCAAAAUGCAGCACUUGCCUCUCUUACAUCACAGAAAAAAGUUGAAUUUGUUCUUAAGGAGUUACAGAUUAUGCAUGUGUUGUACAAAACUAUCAUAACCCCAUGGGUUGGAUUACGGAAAAUUAAUGUUUCAUAUUGGUGCUGGGAAGACAUGUCACCUUUCACAAACACAUCAUUGCAAUGGAUGAUGGAAGAGCCAAGUGAUGCAGGAUUCUGUGGUUAUUUGGCAGAACCUUAUUUUGCGAGUUUGAGAGCAGCAACCUGCAUCAACCCAGUAAAUGGCAGUGUGUGUGAAAGACCAGCAAACCACAGUGCGAAGCAGUGCCGAACACCUUGUGCGCUGAGAACAACCUGUACUGAAUGCACCGGUGGCAACUCUGAGUGUAUGUGGUGCAGUAACAUGAAGCAAUGUGUGGAUGCGAAUGCAUAUGUGCCUUCCUUUCCAUUUGGCCAGUGUAUGGAGUGGUACACCAAGAACAGCUGUCAAGCUGAAAAUUGUUCUGGUUAUCGAACAUGCAGUGACUGCUUGGAGCAGCCAGGAUGCGGAUGGUGUACUGACCCCAGCAAUACAGGCAAGGGACAGUGUAUAGAAGGAUCUUAUCGAGGACCAUUGAAAAUACCUGCAAUAAAUACUCCAUAUGUUCCAGUUUUGAAUGUCAGCAUGUGCCCAGCAGAAACAAAAUACAACUGGUCCUUUAUCCAGUGUCCAGCUUGUCAGUGUAAUGGCCAUUGCAAGUGUGUUAAUGAAAGCAUCUGUGAAAAAUGUGAAGACUUAACAACUGGCAAACACUGUGAAACGUGCAUUUCUGGUUAUUAUGGCGAUCCUACAAAUGGAGGGAGCUGCCAAUCCUGCAAAUGCAAUGGACAUGCAACCAUCUGCAACACCAAGACAGGAAGAUGUUUCUGCACGACAAAAGGAAUCAAAGGCGACAAGUGUCAACUAUGUGACGUUGAAACACGAUACCAGGGUAACCCACUGAAAGGGACCUGUUACUAUACUCUACUGAUUGACUACCAGUUCACCUUCAGCCUCUCUCAAGAGGAUGAUCGUUACUACACUGCCAUCAAUUUUGUAGCCACCCCUGAAGAACAAAACCGAGACUUGGACAUGUUUAUUAAUGCGUCAAAGAAUUUCAACCUCAAUAUAACGUGGUCUAGUAGCUUUUUAGCGGGCACACCACCUGGAGAAGAAAUGCCAAUUGUUUCAAAAACUAACAUUAAGGAAUACAGGGACAGCUUCUCGAAUGAGAAAUUUGAUUUUCGUAACAAUCCCAAUAUAACUUUCUUUGUGUAUGUCAACAACUUCACCUGGCCCAUUAAGAUACAGAUUGCCUUUUCUCAGCACAGCAACUUUAUGGACCUUGUGCAGUUCUUUGUCACUUUUUUCAGUUGUUUUCUGUCGUUACUAUUGGUGGCUGCUGUGGUGUGGAAGAUUAAACAGAGCUGCUGGGCAUCAAGGCGGAGAGAGCAACUUCUACGUGAGAUGCAGCAGAUGGCCAGUCGCCCUUUUGCCACCAUCAAUGUUGCCUUGGAGACAGAAGAGGAGCCACCUGAUCUCAUUGGUGGAAGCAUUAAGACUAUCCCUAAACCCAUUGCGUUAGAGCCGUGCUUUGGUAAUAAAGCAGCUAUUCUCUCGAUAUUUGUACGAUUACCAAGAGGAGUGGGAGGAAUACCACCACCAGGGCAGUCAGGUCUUGCUGUAGCCAGUGCGUUAGUUGACAUUUCCCAGCAAAAAUCAAUGGAUCACAAAGAGAAGUCUGGAGCUGUGAGGAAUAGGAAACACCUUCCCCCUGCACAACCGGGCACCUGCAUUUGACACUUCAAAGCCUCAUUUUGUCAAUCUCUGAAGGAUUUUUUUAAGAAAACUUGGCUUGAGGUGCCGGUCAACUUCCAUUGAGAUUGUGGCCGAAAGAGACAAAAAUCAUUUUAAGAAAUCCAUAUCUCUCCAUCUUGUCCCUCUGCAUGUGUGAGAUUUGCUCGCUGAAGAUUAUGUACUAGUGUCUGUAUUUCCAAGACGGAGAUUUGCAUCAUGUAAUGCCCUUUUGUUUUGCAUUCACUUAGUGAAAUCCCGUUGAGGUCACAUUGUCCAGAGAAAGAGGAAGCGAUAAUCAAAAGCAAUAUCUGUUUUUUUAAACCUUUUUAUUCAUCCCUAGGAACUUCAGGUGAUGGAGGGCCAGAGAGAACUUUAUAAAGUUGAUAUAUGUUAAAAAGAAGUGCUGAAAUGAAAAGAAUGUGAUAUUACAUGCUUUUGGCCAUUGUAACAGAUUAUAGCUCUAUUGUUAGAACCCAGAUACAAGUACGGUCUGUCUCAAGUUGCCACAGAUGCCAGUUCUGUUGGCUUGUUUCAGAAUGACUGCAGAUCAUAUUUAUACAGGGACACUUAUAACAUACCUCAGCUUGUAUAUAAAGAAAUAGUCAUUCAGAAUUGCUACAUCUCAAUUUUAAUAACAUUCAGGAACGUUCCAAGAAAGCUAGAGAACAGAAUUAUUCUCGAGUAACACUAUUUGCUGACAUUUUUUUUCUUUUCUCUGUCCAGGUUAACAAUUACCCAUAUGCUUUCUCAUUUUAUGGAAAAUUUGGUAGGAAACACUAAAUUGGAAGCAAGGUGAUCUGCAUCGUUUUGAUGAGAACCUUGGCAGUGAAUUUUGUAAUUUUACCCUGAAAUAUGAAAGUUAGUAAGAACCUGGGAGCAAUAGAAAUGGUCUGUUUAGAUUUGAUGUUUGAUCUUUGUGAAGUUGUCUCGCUUUGACAUGAAGGAACAGUUCACCUAUGAAAUGUCUAGCGUGUCUAGCGAAACUUGAUCAAAAAUAAUUCAGUCAAAUUUAUAAGAAACAGAACUAAGUGACUAUGGUUAGCAGUAAAUAUCAACUUAUCACAAUAAUUUGAUGGACUGUUCGCUGUGUGAUUUAUAUGCUCUGUACUAUAUAUCAUGUCUUUAAUGCUCCCUCCCAGCCACUUGGAACCAAAUAGAAUAAAACAAAGAACUGUAGAUGCUGGAAGUCUGAAACAACAAAUAGCAGAAAUUGAUGGAGAAAGUCAACC